CACCAAGGUGACACCAUGAGAGGGGGUGUCACCCAGAGCCGCCGCCCCGCCCCUAGGCACCAGGAAGCAGGGCAGGUGGACAGCGGAGAGCUGCUCUGUUCUGUUCGUGCGGCGCGCGCAGAGCGCGCUAGCACGUGAGGGAGGUGUGAGCGUGAGCGCUGUGAGGGAAGGGCGCUGGGCGUCGUUGCAGUGACUGUUACCAGGCUGAGGCACGUGAGGAAGGCGUGAGGGAAAGGCGCAGGGUGGAUCUCCCACGCGACGGGGCCUCAACUCCACCGGCGUUGCAGCCUGUUGAGCGAGAGAGGAUCAUUUGCCACGGCCAUUGGAGGGUCUCGGGGCGCUGUUACGUUGAGCUGCUUUUCUUUUGGAGUUCCAGACAGCUGCGUCUAUUGCCCGCAUUCCAAUGGCUCUGGCGUCAUCACCCUUGAAAGUCUGCGUCGUGGGCUCAGGAAACUGAUCUGUCCUGAUCUACUGAAAAUGACUCAUUCCAUUUGUGACUUAUCAGGCAUCAGCAAUGGCAUCCAAAAUGACUGGCAGAAUCACAGAUUCUUGGAGGAAAAUGAAGAGCAGUGAAUGGAUUUUCCCCACCUUGAUCCUUUGUAUAUAUGGCUUUUUCUCCAUGAUGAAACCAUCUGAGGCUUUCCUGACACCUUAUCUUGCUGGGCCUGAUAAAAAUCUGACCAUCAAUGAGGUAACACAGCACAUUUUCCCUGUUUGGACAUACUCCUACUUGGCUCUGCUAUUCCCCGUUUUCCUGAUCACAGAUUAUGUACGCUAUAAGCCUGUCAUCAUUCUGCAGGGAAUCAGCUUCCUUAUUACCUGGCUGUUGCUUUUAUUUGCAUCUGGUGUGCCAGCCAUGCAGGUGAUGGAAUUUUUCUACGGAAUGGUGACUGCCACAGAGGUUGCCUAUUAUGCCUACAUAUACAGCGUUGUCAGUAUUGACCAUUACCAAAAAGUCACAAGUUAUUGCAGAAGCAUCACUCUAGUGGCACUUACUGUGGGUUCUAUGCUAGGGCAACUUUUAGUCUCUUUGGCCCAUGUGUCUUAUUUUUAUCUCAAUGCCAUAACCUUGGCCUCUGUCUCUGUGGCAUUUAUAUCUUCAUUUUUUCUGCCCAUGACUCAGAAAAGUAUGUUCUUUCAUAGAACAUCUUCCCCAGAAGCAUCCAUUGGGCCGACAGAUAAAGAUCCACCAAAUGUAUCAAACCACCACUGGGACAAAGCUGUUCCGACGACGUCAUCUGUCAGCUUCCAGAACUUACCUGUGCACCAGCUGCCCAAAGUACAAGAGCAGAAUCGUUUUUUGACAGUGCUUUUCCAGCUGUGUAAGGACUUAAAGAAAUGUUACAGCACCAAGAAACUUUUUUACUGGUCAAUAUGGUGGGCCUUAGCCACUGCAGGCUUCAACCAGGUUUUGAAUUAUGCCCAAGUACUAUGGGAUCAUAAAGCACCUUCCCAUAGUUCUCAGGUUUACAAUGGAGCUGUUGAAGCAAUAGCAACAUUUCUGAGUUCAUUAGCAUCACUGGGUGUAGGAUAUGUGAAAGUGAACUGGGAUCUCACAGGGGAGCUGGCGUUGGGAAUCUUCUCUGCCCUGGACGCUGGUUCCCUAUUUCUGAUGCAUUUGACCAGGAACAUCUGGGCCUGCUAUGCUGGCUAUCUAGUUUUCAAGGCAUGUUAUAUGCUCCUUAUAACUAUAGCAACUUUUCAGAUUGCUGUCAGUCUCAAUAUGGAGCGCUAUGCCUUAUUGUUUGGAUUCAACAACUUUAUUGCACUGCUAAUUCAAACUAUCGUGACCAUUACAGUGGUGGAUUCCAAAGGACUGGGACUGGAUAUUGAGACUCAGUUUCUAAUAUAUGGCAGUUACUUUGCAGUGAUAGCUGGGAUUUUCUUAAUAAGGAGUAUUUUCACGAUAAUCUCUAUCAAGUGCCAAAAGGAGUCAAAGAACCUUGCUGAAAAUCUUCAGAAUAUUGAGGCAGAAGAGCAGAACACAAACGGCUAUGAAAUAAGACUGUGAUUUGUAACACUAAAUGUCCAGAGACCAAAGCCUUAUUGAGGGGUUUGCUCCUCCACAAUGAAUCAUAGAGGAGAAAAUGGAAACUAGCAUGCUUAUCCCACCCCCUUCUCCACUGCAUUCCCAGUCAUCUUCAAGCUGGAAAGCAACUGUCUGUACCAGGGAGCCUGCUCUACACAGGUAGAUUUCCCACAUGUUGAGAGCCCUGAUUUUUCAGGGCUUCACUUCAGAAGGUAGAGGACAGCGCAGUGAGCAUGCUAGUCUCCUACUUCCCCCUCCACAUGAUUAACAUUGCAUGGAGGAAAUGGAAAAUGGACUGCCUUCAAGUCAAUUCUGACUUAUGGGCGACCCUAUGAAUAGGGCUUUCAUAGUAAGUGGUAUUCAGAGGGGGUUUACCAUUGC